AUGCAAGAAUCUAAAUACCAAGAAUUACAAAAACAAGCAGAAAAAUCAGUUAAGGAAUCAAUGACAUUAUUCCAGGAUUGGCCAAAUAAAGGUGUUGGAUUUCAAGAUAUUUCAAAUCUAUUUUUAUGUUAUGAUAAAUUUUCAGAUGUUUUAGAUUAUUAUGAACAUAGAUUUAGUGAUGUUGAUUUAGUAGUGGGACUUGAAGCUAGAGGUUUCAUAUUGGGUACAGCAUUUGCACAACGUAUGAAAUUACCAAUGAUGAUGAUUAGAAAGAAGGGAAAAUUACCAGGUCCAUGUUUCCGUGAAUCUUAUAAAAAGGAGUAUGGAACUGAUGAAUUUGAAGUUCAAGAGAAAGCUUUAUCAAAAGUUGUAGUAAAACCUUCUAAAAAAUAUCACGUAUUAAUCAUGGACGAUAUUUUGGCCCCUGGUGGUACAAUGGCUGCUUCCAUAGAGUUGACAAAAAAAGUAUUAAUAAAUAAUGGAAUUAAAGAUUUCAAAAUUUCAACUUCUCUCAUCAGUAGUAUUAAAGUAUUAAAUGGUAAAGAAAAAAUUUAUGAAAAAUAUAAUGAUGUCAGUGUUGAUAUUAUAAUUGAAAUGUAA